AUGAUAACUGUGUUUUGCCUGUCCAUACUGGAGUUGAAAGGGUGGUUGUUUCCAUCAUCAAGCUGGAAAUUCUUAAAACUUAACACAGCCUUAGUAGCAUUGGACUUCCCGGGAAUUUGCAGCUUUCUACAGAGUUCACCGGAUCUUGAGACAUUGGUCAUUGACUGGAAUAAUCACACACCAAGAGACCUGUUGUCAAGGUACACUAGCGAGGAUGAACAGAGCAAGAGGUUCAAGACACAUAAUUUUAACUGCUCUUUGCUACCUCUGAAGACCAUCAAGGUCAUUAACUUUGAUGGACCACUAAGUGGAAACAAGUCUAUAGUGCCAUUGGUGAAAUAUUUGCUCAAGAAUGCAACAGUGCUAGAAAAGUUCAUCAUUUCUGCCAAGUUUGAAGUGUGUGAUGUGUCUCAGGAUUAUGUUAAAAUGGUGCAGGAGUUUCAAAGCUUUCCCAGAUCCUCUCCGCACGCUUCGGUUGUCUUUUCGUAUUGAUAGUCUUUGACCCCUAUCUUUUGUAUUGAUCGCAACAUACUUAACCACUGGUGCUUUAUGUUUGAAACUGGUUUGUAGUUAGGAGACAUGGCUAGAAUUGUAUUUGUGAGUAGUUCUUAAUGUCAAGUAACAAUGUUUUUAUUCUCUGAUCAUCAUAUAAGAAACCUCGCUCUAAAUGUUUUGUGAUUUCUACU